GCGUGGCCAGUAACCGAUCGAGUGCGCGUUCUUCUAAAGAGCCGCGGUCUUUUCUCUUCGGCCCUGUUGUUUGUUCCGUGGCCGAGCGGAGGGGGGUGGAGUGCCCGGCAGCACGGCAGCACGGCAGCACGGCAGCACGGUAGCACGGUAGCACGGCAGCGCGGCAGCGCGGCAGCGCGGUAGCACGGAAACAGGCAGCACGCGACGACUCGCGCCGCAUGAAUAAUGCAUCCGCGCCGUUGCCGCAGUGCGCACGAGCCCAACGCUUAGCUAUCGUUCCGGUGGCGUAUUGGAACUCCGUGCUAAGGCGGAAUAAGAGAGUUCGGACCCGGCUUCGAACCCAAGACAAGACCUCCAUAAUGCAGAUGGCGGCGGGCCGGAGCUGACCCCGGGCAUGAGGCAGCCACACCACGCGCGCCGAGGCAACAGCCCACCAUGCUCACACGCCGCAGCUGGGUGCUGCGCCUCAGCAUCUUCCUGAACGUCGCCGUGCUGCUGUACGUGGCUACCCACAUCGCCUCGCGCGGUGACCUGCUGGACGAGCUGCAGGCGCCUGCAGCCCGCAGCUUCCUCUCCGUGGAGGCGGGCGAGUCGGCGGGGGAGGCGGGAGACGGCAGCCCACCUUCGGCGCCCAUGACACCGCCGCGCCCUGCCUCCACCAAGGAGGCGUCCACCACACCCGAGGCAUCGCCACGGCCCUCAUCACCUGCCGAGUCUCGCAGCGAGGAGCCUACCCCUAACCCAGUGACGCGAGCCCUCGAGGAUGUGGUGCGCUGCAUCGACCGCUCCGCCGAGCCGCGCACCGCUCAGAGGAGCGACUUCUGGGUCCUCUAUAACUACGUGCCCGCCGCGCGAACAUUUCGCUGCUGGGAGAGCAUCACCUACACCACACAUGCAGACUACACCUUCCUCGACAACCUGAAACCGCUGCUGGAGCGGUGGCAGGGCCCUGUGUCGCUCGCUGUGCACGCACCCGGCACAGACUUCCAGCCCACCGUCGACGCGAUUCGCUACGCACGCGACUGUCUGUCGCCUCUCGUCGCCGAGCUCGUAACCUUCCACGUGUUUUUCGGCACGCGCCAUGUUCCGCGUCAAAUCCCGCGUGCGCCGCAGCUGCUGGCUAUCCGCGCCAACUGCACAUUGCCCGCGCCCUGGGCCAAUGUAACGUCGGGAGCACUCUACAAGACCAAGAGCAAGAUCCUGUAUCCUGUGAACAUCGGCAGGAACGUGGCUCGCGAGGCGGCCACCACACACUACAUCCUGCCGUCCGACAUCGAGCUGUAUCCCAGCCCAAACCUCAUCCGCGACUUCCUGACUAUGGUGCGGCGCCAGGAUCCGCCCUUGAUGCACACCAACCCCAAGGUGUUCCCGCUGCCCAUCUUUGAGCUGCAGGAUGGCUCCGAGCUGCCCGCCAACAAGACACAACUGGUGGCAAUGCUGAAGAACGGCUCGGCCAUCCCGUUCCACAAGAAGCUGUGUCCGGGCUGCCACAAUGUGCCCAGGUCCAAGGAGUGGCUGGCUGCCGAGGAGUCGGAGGGACUGCACGUGUUCCACAUUGGCAAGCGCACCGGCUACUUUGUGCACUGGGAGCCCAUCUUCAUCGGCACGCACAGCGACCCGCUGUACGACGAGCGCCUCUCCUGGGAGGGCAAGAGCGACAAGAUGACACAGGGUUACGCACUGUGCGUUCUGGACUACGAGUUCCAGAUCCUCGACAAUGCGUUCCUUGUGCACAAGCCUGGAAUCAAGACGCUGAAGAAGGACCCGCAGAGGGCGAUGCUUGCUGGCAAGACCAACGCUCUCAUCAGGAAGGUGAUCUUCCCGGAGCUGAAGGUGCUGUACGGGACCCGCAAGGGGUGCGCGGUCUGACCAAUGGCAUGCUUGGUUACUACUCAUGAGCACAAUUGUUGGAACAGGCAUGUCCCAUGAGUUCCACUUGUUAUUCAGUACCAGUGCUGACAAACAACCUUGAACUAGUUUACAAACUUUCUACUUUCAUGAUAAGUGGUGGAUGUAAAAUAUGAAUAUUGUAGUGAAUGAGGAAGGUACGGCCAAUAGCACAGAUGGCUUCGAAUAAAAUUAUCUAUAAAACUAUAUUUGUAAUCAUGGUGGUGAUGAUCAGUUGAUUUUUGUUCCAUCAACUAGACAGUUGCGUAAUGUGCAGUGACCAAUUACACGUCACUGUUAAAAACGUUUUAGAAAACACAUACUUAAGACUUGAAACACGUUAAAAAAUAUUUUGUUGCAAAUGUUAUCUUGUGUGCCAUUAUUUUCCUUAGUUUCACUUAAGAACUUUGGAAAACUAAUAGUUGUGUUCAGUUCUUUUUAUUUUAAUUAAGAUUGUAUUCAACAUAGGUAAAUUUUUUAAUGCUAAUUGUAUUUGGACAUAAUGCUAAGUAUAUGAAGAUUAUUAUUUUGACACAAGAUAAUUUUAAUUUUUCAAAUUGUGAUAUCUUUUUUUAAUGUUGUUGAAUUAAAUAAAUUAAAUUAAAUAAACCUCAUGUCUCACUUGUAUUGAACAAAUAAUCACAUUGUAUAAAACAUAAAAAUAUUGGAAGUAAUAUUUUAGUUUUGCUUUCAAAAGUAAUAUAAUUUUCCAUAUGGUUAUUAACAUUCUUGCUAGUCUUCAUAUGCAUGGUAAUUAGAAAAAGUUUGUGUACUGGAAUUUAGAGGGAAUUUUUUUCAAAGUCCAAGAGCUUUUGAAGUGUAAAAUGUGUUUAAUACAAAUAAAGUGUAUUGUACUGUAAUUGAUUUUUAAGAGAUAAAUAUUUAUUUUUAUUAUUUGUGCUCAUUUCUGUUCCUGCAGUAUAAUAAAUAAAUGUAUACGCAACAUGAAUUAAAUUAGAGAAGAGGGGUUUACAAGUGUGUCCUGUUUGGGAAAUGGCAUAGUCCCUUUUCUUUGUGAUAAUGAUGAUGGUGUGCACAAAGUUUCAUGCCAAGUGAUAACAAUAGUCAUACCGAUAGUUCUGACUUGUAUUUUUGCAUCGUAAUUGCAACUCAGCUCCUGAAAGUGUCGUCGCAGCUGGACAAUGGGUGCUGGGAAACUUUUCGUACUGUAGCGUGUAUCUGGGCUAGGUUCCAGCAUCAACAUUUAUAUUUUAUGUUUAGUUUGAAGGACAGAAUUGUUAUGUGUGAUGUAUUUAUUUUUAGCAUUGUCUGUAGUUUUAGAGUUUGAUAAGCCAUUAAUUUCGACUGGGUGUAUCAGGGGUGAUAAGAACAUAGUUGUCGAGCUCAAGCUUGCUUAUUUCAAAAUGUUUUUUCAAACCCUUAAUCUGUUGGACGAUUUUUAAGCAAUUUCAAUUACAUUACAUACUCAGUGUUCUUCCCAUUGUAACUUUGUCUUUGUUUGUCGAUACAGUAUUUAACAUAAAGAGACUAGUUACCUUCUGGGCGACUGGUUAUGUCAGUUUUUACAAGUGUCAUAACUGACUGAUUUAUUUUAUAUAAAUAUUUGUAUGCAUAAAUAUAUUAAUGUCAUUACUCUAUAUAGUUCCACUGAAGAAAAGUUUGGCUACCUUUCAAUUCUGCUAUUCUGUUCUAACAAGUACCCUACCUAAGAAGUCUGGUGAUUAUGGUUUUUGCCACCCCUGAAUAUGCAUCCAUGGCAUUGAUGUACAGUAUUUUACAAUAUUAGCUAAGAUCAUGUCUUUUGCUGACAGCUAUCAUUCUGAUAAAUAAACUUAACAAGUGUUUUUAUUGGUACAGACUGGAUAACAAUUAAUUAGACAUUAUUUGUAGGUUAGAAUUUGUAGCAGAGAAUGGGAAAACCAAAAACUUUAUUUUUGUACUACAAUCAUUUUUGUAUUUUUCAAAAACUGGUUGGCGUGCCGUAAAAAUUCAUAGUUAAUAGUUGUGAUAGUUCUAAGCGGUUCAUGAAUAAUACUAGCCAAAAUCUUGCAUUGUAGGUAAUAAACCCUUUUUUAUCGCAACCUUUCGGAUACAUUGAUGUGGCCAGGAAAGAUAGUUUGGUUUAGUAGGUACUUUUUUUACAGCUAGGCUCCCCAAUAGACCCCUGUAAGUAAAUUAUAGUGCAAGCUGUUGUCCAAAGUGUAUGAAAUAAGCAUCAGUCUCUCUACGGCAUCAUUCACACAUGCAUAUUGUUUUGUUGUGCUUGUUUUUACUUCGUUGAGAACAUUUUAAAAUGAUGCACCAAGUUUUAAAUCUUUGCUGCUGUUAGUGGUGUGUGUUAAAAAUUCUGCAGAGGAAUAUUUCCUCCCAAGUAGACAACUUAUUCACCACAAUCCCCGUAGUGCACAGUAUACACGCAAGAAGAGAGAAAGUUGUGCCUUAUAUUUAUUUAUGUUUUAACUGUAAAAAUCUUGGCAAUCCAGAGUAGAAAUUCACAAUUUCCUUAAUCCUGGAGAUAUGUAAUGUGAUUUAAGGUAUUCAUUUCAAUAUAAAGUACUAAAAGUUUUACACUGUAUAACUUAAUAGAGGUGUUUAUAAUAAUAUCUAUAUAAUAUGUUCUCUUCUGAUAAAAUGCUUUGAUGUCUUGAAACAAUUCACAAACUUAAAUGUAAGUUUUGACACAUUUUUCAAAUGAAGAACAAAUAUUGCUCAGGGUGCGUCUGGCUGGAGCAUCAUUAUGUUAAAACGCUUCCAGCAUGAGAGCUUCUAGCACACUGGCCCAUCUGUUUUCAUCACAGUGAACUUUGUGAUUUUUACAAUGAUGACUUAUAUCUAUUUUACUUAAUGACUUAUCAUUUUAUGGUUUAAUUAUAAAGAUGAAUUUCUUAUGCAUUUUCCUCUUGGUUUUAAAAAUUUUAACCAGAAAUUUUACACUCAAAAUGGUUAAAUAAACACCAUUAUAAAUGUAAAAUAACACUAUCAUUAAAACAUUGUUUGCUAAUGCUAUUCGUAAACAGAAUCACUGUUCAAUCCUUAGCAGGUGAAAUGAUGCAAGAGUCAGCUGGGGCCCUGCGCACUAAUGGUAGGCCUAGCAGUUCCAAUCAGAGAGCAACUUGUGUGUUUUGGGAGUUGGUAUGUCAUUGUUGCAUACAGCUAGCAAUUCAGGCCCAUUUAUUGCAAUAUAAUUUUUCAUUACUAAUUUUCAUUUUUAAUGUGAUACCGUAAACUGGGGUUACUUGAAACACUUUUGAACUUAAAUGUUUCAUAACUUAAUAACAGUUCCUAAAAAUUUAACACCUUUAGUUUCAACCAACGGGUCUCCUUAUAAUCUAAGCAUUGCAGCAAUAAUAUGUAAAAGUUUUUAUUAUUUUUUGUAUAUUUUAUAGUUUUUUAAGUUGGUGUUUCAAGUUACCCCCCUACAGAGUGUUACUUGAAAUACCUAGUUUAAAAGCUAAAUGUUCCAAGUUUCCUUUAAUGUAGGUUACUUGAAGCAUAAUAAUUGUUUUUUAAAAACCAUAAAAAAGCUUUUUAAAAUUUACACACAACUUUUAUUAGUUUUAUUCAAAUUUAACUACUUAAUAAUAUUUUAUUUGUUCUGAACUAAUGUCAUAAAUUACAUUUCAAUUACAGAAAAUGUAGAUUUUAGUUCAUUUACACAAUAAUUAGCCUACAUACUUGCCAUAUGACAAAAAAAAAAGAAGAAACGAAUAGUAAAAACCAUGAAUAAAACUAUUCCUAAAGGACUGUAACUUCCUCGUAUUUCAUGCUACAAAUAUUUUGCACUAUAUUAAUACAGCUACACCACAGAUGAAAAUCAUAUUUCUAUGGGAAAACAGUAAUGUCCUCUCCUUUAAAACAACGGUAUUAGAUAACAAACAACAUUUUCUAUAUUAAUAGAGCUUACAUCUUCCUCCUGAGGAAAUAUGUAGAUAUUUGACGCCUUGCUUGACUUCCUCAUAAAUCUGACAACAUAUCUCUCUUCAUCCAUGCUUACAAUUUGUGCCACAAAUUUUUUUUCAGUUUCCUUUUUCGUCCCUUCAUCAUAUUUGAGUCUCACUAAAAUGAAAUCAUUUGCCUUUAGGUUAUGCAAAUCUUGACUGUCUACAUAGCUUGGUGGUCUCCCAAGCUCCUCUUCUUCUUCUGAUUCUAAUGAUACAUCCCUAGUCACUUUUAGAAAAUUCAUGUCACUGCUAGAGUCAUGGACAGAAAAUUUAUCACCACCUUCAUCACUAGUGGAAUCAUCAAUCACUUUUGCCUUAUUUUGGUUUUUAACUCUUCUGGUACUACUGGUACAUGAUGUGCUUUGUACUGCCGGAUUGUCAACAGAGUCUUCUUCAUUUGAAGACUGAGGCAUCACUUCACAUGCGGGAGUUCUCCUUUGCUUGCUCCUUUUCUUUUUGUUUAAGUACUGAAGUAGUUGGUUGUGUCUCGUUCAUCAACAAUAAUUCUUGAAGAUCUUCUUCGCAAACACUCUUCCCUGGUAUAACAGAGAGAUGUUUCUUCUUUUUCUGGCCUGUUUGCUUUGAAUUUUCUGAUGCUGGUAUUUUUGAUUGUGAAAUGGUUUCAGAUAUCCUGAAUUCUUGAAGAAAUUCUUUGAGGGAGUCAGACCAUGAUGAACCACGCACAGUUAUGUCAUUUUUAUUUGAUUCUGAGUUUCCAGGUAAUUGUUUCAAAACUUUGUUUUCGUUCAAAGGACAAAUCCCUAAAGUUUCGAAUCCUGCAAUAAGAUUCUGUUUUAAUGAACCAUUUUCUGUAAGCUCAGUCAAACAUUUCUUUAACAAAUGUGGGAAACAGUGUUUUUGAAUUGGACCCCGGUGUGAUGUCUUCCAGUCAUCAAGGAUGGUUCUCCAUUUUCUCUUCAGUGGGCGGAAAUAUGCUGCAUCUAGGGGCUGACACCACUGUGUGCUGUUUGGAGGAAGUAGAACAAAUUGAAUGUUAAACUCUCUGCAAACUUGUAUAACUUUCAAAAAGAUGUGACUGCUGAGGUUAUCGCCAAUGACCACUUUGGGAGCACAUUUUUCAAAUUUCUUGUAGUAUGGAACUGCAAUACUAAAAAACCAGUCCUCAAAAACAACUGAAUUGAACCAUCCAUUCUUUGACCUAUUAUACCUAGUUCCAGCUGGCCCUCCUUCUGUUCAAGAGCCGUACAGAUGUUCAGCUCUGUAAUACACAUAUGGUGGCAGAAGAACACCUGAAGCUGUUCCCCAGAAAAUGACAGAUGUACUUGAUUUUUAGUGGUCAAUUAUUCUGUCUGGAUGCUUACAUCCCCUGCAUGUUAUGAUUUUUUUUCUUUGAGGAUCAUCGCUGAUGUUGCUUUUAUCAUAAUUUAAAAUUACUUCACAUGCCACCCCUUCCAAAGAAGUUUUCAGUUUAACAAAAUAUUCUUUAAUUGCAUCAGGACUAACAGAUGCUCUAGCUCGAGUGAUAUUUUGGCAUAAUCUCUCGGACACAACUGAUUUGUUUCUCUCUAGAAACCCUUUUACCCAAUCGAUACCAGGCAUGUUGCGUUUAAAGCGCUUUUCUACAAUGCCUUGCCGAUCCAGAAAUCCCUUAACAAUUAGACGUACAUCAAACGUUGUUAAUGGAAAUCCCCACUCGCUCGCUAGUAAUAAUCCAUCUACAAGGCAUUUUUCAUCCUCCUGAGAAAAUGUUGUUGGACGCCCAACAUUUUGAAGGUGUUUACCUCGUAACUUUCUACUAAGUGUUGCUGCAAAAAUACCAUAUUUCUGACUGGCUUUGUUUAAAGUAAUAGUCCCACUCUUUAUUUCCUUUGUAUCCAUCAACAAAGUCUCUUCCGAGUAAUUUUUAUAAUUUCUUGCACCAGGUGGCCUCUUGUAAGUUCUUGGCAUGGUUGAUCUGAAACAAAAUAUUAAAACAUGUUUAGGUACCUAGUAAAGUCACAUUUUUAAUGUACUAAACAGAAAACCAUUGAAUACAUUUCAGUCUGGGGUAACUUGUAAUGCCAAGGGAUACUUGAAACAUGCGUUUCAAGUCACCCCACAUUACACAUAUAUAAUAAACAUAAAAAAAAAAAAUCGGUAAACUGAUUGCAAGAACUUUUUGCCUUAACAAUGUUAAUGAAAAGUAAGGUUACCUGUGUAAGGUCGUUUCAUUUAUUAUUCUUUGAUAGGUUAGACUCUACAAGGGAAGUUUCUCAUGCAAUAUUUUUAGGUUAUGAAAUUGUCUAAAAGUUUUAUUAAUAAAACAAAUACAUACCUAUUAAAUUUUCACCCUAAACAUGCAAUAAAUUACAGCUCCACAUGUCACCAAACUAAUGUAUACAACAAGACUAAAAAAUAAACAAUAAAUCAAGGCUGCCACACAGACAAAAAAAAAGUCCUGAAAGUGUUUCAAAUUUCCCCACUGUUUCAAGUAACCCAAGUUUACGGUACUAAAAUGUCUGGUUUAAAUAUGCACUAUAAUGCCUACAUUUGUAUAAUAUAUAAGAUUUUUCUACUUAUAUAUUUUUUCAUCCCCAAUGUAUUUAACCCCAUCUAAUCAUCAGUGUUUGUAAACAUAUUACAUUUUGAAAGAUUUUGUUUUGUUUUAUUAUUGUGGAGGCCUACUGAAAUUUCUUCAAAAACCUUUUACAUGCAGAGAAUUUUUUACAUUUUUUAUUUAACUUUAAAACUUUUAUUGCAUACUGUUUGUUAAAAUUUUGUGGAGUUUUGUGUGGUACAUAUCACUUAAGCAAACAUGCUUAUCCGAAGGGGGGAAAUGGGGGUAGGUAGGAGGAAGGUAGCAAGACAAGAGCAUUUAGAAGUUUUUUUCAACUCCGGUAUUUUGGAUACGUCUAUAUGAAAUAAAGUUAAGUAAGAAUGCAGCUAGAUUUGCUGUAUACCAUUCAAAUUAGGCAUUUUACUAUCCUUUAUCUUCAGAAAGUGUAGCUUAAAAUGUAUUUACUUGUGAUAAGCUGCUCUUAGCUGCUUCAAUCUUCACAUUAGAAAAAUAUCUCCUCUAGAAUUUAUAUGAAUUUCUCACAAAGAAUUCUCUUACAAAAUUAACACAUGUGUUCCUGAAUAAUCGUGUAUACGUUAUUGAAACACACGUUUAAAAUAACUGUCAUUUUUUUAACACUUUUUAAAAAUAUAUUCAUUUAGAUUGCACAAUUUAUUCAAGCAAAAUUAUUUGCAAGCAAAGUAAACUCAUGCAAAAACAAGUAAAUAUACCUAACUAUAGGCAUCUCAUUACAAUACACACACAUGCUAUGAUACCCUAGCUCUAUAAUGUGAGUUUGAGCUCUCAGUUUACUGUGGAUGUUACUUGUGAUGUCAACCUGCCUAGUUGGAUAUUUAACGUACCGGUACCUAUUUCUAUCCCUGGUUUUUGUCAUUGAGCAAGAUACACCUGAUAGUGAUCCAUAAAAUAAAAAUUAUAUAAAAUAUUAAAAAGAAGUCAGCAGUCAAAGUUUAAAAAAAAAAUAUGAUUGUCUUCUGUUUGCUCGUUGUGUGUUACCCUGAACAUAAUAUUUCCCUACAUAUCAACUGUUUCUCGUAAGAUAAAUAUCUUAUACUUGAAUGAAGUAUAUAAAAAUAUUUAUAACACACAUGUUUAAUAAUGUUAUUGCUUUUUCCAUGUACAUAAUGCCUUUUAUUGUAAUGUGUACUUGUUAUGUGAAUUUAGUUUGUUAAUUAGUGUUUGUGUCCAAAAAGUUUUAUUUAUGUUGGAAAACAGACAUUAAUUUAGGUUCAUUAAUAAUUUUAUGAUGUUCCUAUAUCAUUCUGCAUUCAGUUGCCAUUUUCCUACAAAUUUUGUUUUGCACAAUGAGCAUAGGUUGUAAUUUUAAUAAAGGCUUAUACAAUAAAA